UGUGGGAUUGUAAAAGCCUACGGUACCUCUGUCACUUCUCGAGAGCUAUCAGCGCACAUAAAGCUAGCUAGUUGGCUCCGGUGGUCUUUCACUGCGUGGUUACUGCUGGGAGUCGGGCUGAAUGCGAAUCACAUGACACUACCGGAGGCAGAGAUUGAGAGGAAAACGCUUCGUCUCCGUUUCCACCGCCAUACUGUAUUUCAUACCUUAUCACAUUUUUAUUGCAACAUUUUACUCCCGCUCGGAAGGAAAGUGGAGGAGGAUGACCGGUAAGAGCCAGACCAGCAAUGUGACCAACAAGACCGACCCCAGGUCGCUCAACUCCCGAGUCUUCAUCGGCAACCUGAACACGGCCAUCGUCAAGAAGGCCGACAUCGAAGUCAUCUUCGCCAAGUACGGCAAGAUCGUGGGCUGCUCGGUGCACAAGGGCUUCGCCUUCGUCCAGUACAUGAGCGAGAGGAACGCCCGUGCCGCCGUGGCCGGAGAGAACGCCCGCAUCAUCGCCGGACAGCCGCUCGACAUCAACAUGGCUGGGGAACCCAGACCGUACAGGCCUAAAGCGGGACCAAAGCGGCCUCUCUCCUCCAUAUACAGCGGUUACGAGUUUGACUAUGAUUACUACCGGGAUGACUUCUACAGUCGGCUGUUUGACUAUCAUGGGCGGGUGGCGCCCCCUCCCCAACCCGUGAUCCCAAUCAAGCGCUCGCGGGUCGCUGUCCCGUCCACACGCAGGGGGAAGACGUCCUUUCCCGUCAAGACAUCCUCUUCUUCCUCCUCCAGGCCGCCUCUCUCCAGCUCCUCAUCCUCCGGACUCAAAUUGAAAACGGACCAGCUCCAGACCAUCAAACGAGAGCUGACACAGAUCAAAGCGAAGAUAGACUCCCUGCUGGUCCGGCUGGAGAGGAUCGAGAGGCAGCAGAGAGCAGAGGCCGAGGCACAGAGGAAGUAUGAGGACAGCUAUGAAUCCCACCACGAGUCGGUGUCAGAGGCGGCGGAGAAUUCGGGCGAGGAGGCGGGGGAGGGGACGCUGGAGCCAGAGGCCGGGGAGAUGACCGAUGGAGGGGAGGAUGACUACGACGACGAAGGCAGCAACGAUCUGAUAGAGAGCCAUGUAUCAGACAUAGACAACUAAAAAGGGAGGCCGGAGUCACCGCAGGCUGUGGAACCAGGAACCAGCAGUAGAAACUGGAGCAACCGAGGGAUCUCUAGGAAGGAGAGAGUCUGGACAAAAAAAAAUCUUUCUGAGAGGAAAGGAGACCACAAAGCAGGACAUUUGUUUGCUUCUACGGAGACAUUUCACAGCCUGAGAUUGCCCGACACGCCAGCGCCGUUCACAGGACCAUGUGCGCUUUUCAAAAACGUGUUUGCUAAGUCAGACUCUACAAGCCUCGAAGGCUACACACAUUAUUGGUAUUUAUUUGUAUUUAAGAAAAGAGAUUAACUCAUG